AUGAGCAAGGACGAAGAGCUACCCACGGCAAUCGAAGAUGAGGAAACCGAGUUGGAUACUUCAGCCAAGGGGGCAAAGAAGAAGAAGAAGAAGAAAAAGCGUCAAGACACUGCGGAGCACGACGAUCCGGAGGAGAGCCAUCACGAUCACGGUGAACCAGAUCUGGUAGAGGAGGAGCUUACCAGCAAGAAGAAGAAGAAGAAGAAGAAACGGCUAGAUGAGUCGGAGGCAGAAAUUGAGGCUGAAGACGAUGGCGAUGCAGCGGAUGAAGAAGCCAUCUCCAAGAAGAAGAAAAAGAAAAAGACGAAACUGGUAGAUGACGAAAUGGAAGCUGACGUGCCAGAGGAUGAUGAAUCUACCAUUAGAAAGAAGAAGAAAAAGAAGAAACAACAACAAUCUGAUGGCAUGGACGAGGAGGUCGAGGGUGAAACAGCUUUGGUAGAUGAGGAGGAAGUUGCCAGCAAAAAGAAGAAAAAGCAGAAACAUCAACGCUUAGACGAGAAUAUAGACAUGGGAGGUGAAGCAGCUUUGAUGGUGGAAGAGGCCACUCGCAAGAAGAAGAAAAAGAAGAAGAAAGAACAACUUUUAGAGGAGCAAGAGCUGGAGGAACAGCAGCAGCUCCCUGAUCCAGCUGAUGAUGAUGAUGACAUUGCAUCAACCAAGAAAAAGAAAACUGAGGCCCCUGCCGAUGACGAAGAUGAAUCGACAAUUAGCAAAAACAAGAAAACGAAGAAGAAACAUAGUGAUGUUGAGGCAAAUGAUGAGGCAAUGGAUGCCUCCUCAUCAUCCAAGAAGAAAAAGAAGAAGAAAGUUGCUGCAAUGGACGAACAAUCAGAGGUGGCAACAUCACCCGAAACUGAGACGCCCACGGAGCCUCCAGCGGUUGCAUCUUCCUCCAAACCAGGGGCCUAUGCUGAGUCUUCGGAAGCUGAUUCUACCGGGAAAAAGGGAAAGCGGAGAGCUACUUCCUCUGCCAUACCAGGAGCACACGCCGAGCAGGGAAGGCCUCCGAGACCCUCCAAAAUGACAGUUGUAGCGGCUGCGGGCAUAUCAUCUACAAUCAAGGCGUCACAUCGUGACCUCGACAACAGUGCCAAUUUGGUGCAACGAGAGAGAGCUGCGGCCGAUCCCUUGGAGGAGCUUCCCGGGGCGCGACCAGGGCUGGCAGAUCGAGCCAAGUCCAAGCAACUGGGUGCCAAAUCCAGCAGAUCCAUGGGAGAUGGGUCCAGGGCCAAGUCGAAGCGAUUCAGCAAAGAUGCGCCGACAGCGGCUACCACUUCUACUACUAGUAGCAGCAGCAGCGGCGUCAACCGGAAACAAAGUUCCACCCGUCUCUCACUGAGGACACUGGAAACUGCAAAACUGGAAGAAGACAGCCGGAUUAGGGCAACAGAUGCCAAAUCAAAAACCAGACAGAAUUCGAGGCGCGCCACAAAACUGGGGGCUGGCGGCGGCAAGUCAUCUGCAAAGCUCUCGUCAAGAUGCGGAAGGGACGGCAAGGCAGCAGCUGCCGAUGUGGAUCUGGAAGCAGGUUUGCGCCAUGCGAAUGUUGGUCCUCCUGGUGCCUCCAGAUCAAAUUAUGACACAGUCGAUACUUCCUCCCGGGAUCAGAAUCAACCCGAAAGGGGAGAAGAACAUCUGGUGCAAGCAAUCUUAGUGGAAGAGGAUUCGGAGCCAUUCAUCGCUGCCGCCAUUCAAGUGGAUAAAACGAAAGAAGAUUCAUCUUCGAAACCAAUUUACGAGCACAAGCACUUCUCAGUGAUUGUGGGUGCGAUUUGCUGCCUCCUUCUGAUUAUCGUUAUAGUGAUAGCUGUUGCAGUUGCAACAUCACUGGGGGGGGGAUCAAACAACGCUGGUGGUGCAACAGGAUCGGCGGUACUAUUCACUCCAACUCUGGCACCAACGGGCAUAAGCCCUGACUUUGACCUGACACGGAAAUACUUCGAGAGCUCGGGGAUAGUCGACGAAGAGAAUUGGAACCGUCUGUACAAUGAAACCAGCCCUUAUUAUAAAGCGUUGCAUUGGAUCGUGUACACCGACCAACGAAAGCCUGGAGCACAGAGAAUUGAACAACGCUACCUGCUGGCCCUCUUGUACUACAGUACAAGUCAGGAUGGACCAUGGCUGGCUUGCAACCCACCGCAACUUGUCAAUACUGAUAGCACUUGUAUACACAAGAAAUACAGACUUCAAGGCGGAGGCAACGGUGGUGGUGGUGGUGGCGGCGGGAACUCAAACGGCCCAGAUAGUGGCGACAGCCCGGAUGGGCCUGGCGGCGGGGGUCCUCGUGGCGGGCUGCCACGCCCUGGCGGUCGCCUCCUACAAGGAUCAUAUGAUGACGAGGCUUCUGUUCGCUGGCUCUCUCAAUUGGAUGAGUGCUUUUGGGCUGGAAUUCAGUGUGCGGGGCCAGCAAAAAACGAAGUUGCGGAGCUUAAUCUUGAGCACUACCAGUUGUCAGGGACUUUGCCACCCGAAAUCGGGAAGAUACCGCUGAGGCAUAUUGAUAUCCGCGGCAAUCGGAUUAGAGGUGGUAUCCCCAGUUCCAUCCGCAAAUGGACGAAGAUGCGCAAAAUGUGGCUUAAGGAAAACAAGCUCGAGGGUACACUUCCCAAUGGGAUCUGUAAUUUGAUUACGUUAGAUGAGCUGGAAGUGUCAGAGAACAGGCUGCAAGGGCAGCUUCCCACAUGCAUCAACCAGCUGACUCGACUGCAACAAUUGGCAUUGAACGAAAAUAGAUUCUCGGGCCAAAUCCCCGAGCUGGAAGCUUUGAACAAUCUGGACAAGGCUGAAUUCGAUGGAAAUCAGUUUACCGGAUCGAUUCCUCAAUCUUUUUGCAACUUGGAACUACAGAGGCUGACUGCGGAUACGUGCGCGAACGACAAUCCUCGUGUACAAUGUGAUUGUUGUACCCAUGGAAACAGGUGCUGA